CCGGGACGCAAAGCGGCGGAGCGACGUUUUUGACCCGGACUCCCCGCCCCACGGCCUGUGGUCGGUAAUUAAUCGGAGCAGACCCGUAGGAAAGCGGUUCGGGUACUUGGUGCAGACCCGGUGUAGUCUUCUGUCUGGACUGUGAGAGGGAACAAUGCAGAAGGACUCUGGCCCACUAGUGCCUUUACAUUGGAUUGGCUUUGGCUAUGCAGCACUAGUUGCUUCUGGUGGGAUCAUUGGUUAUGCAAAAGCUGGUAGUGUCCCAUCCCUGGCUGCUGGGCUCCUCUUUGGUGGUUUAGCAGGCCUGGGCGCUUACCAGCUCUCUCAGGAUCCAAGGAACAUUUGGGUUUUCCUAGCUACAUCUGGAACCUUGGCUGGCAUUAUGGGAAUGAGAUUCUACCACUCUGGAAAAUUUAUGCCUGCAGGCUUAAUUGCGGGUGCCAGCUUGCUGAUGGUCGCCAAACUUGGAAUUAGUUUGUUCAAUAGACCCCAUCAGUCAUAGUCAUGUUCCAGCUUGGACUCUUUAAGAAUUUUAAAACUACCACUACUUUUAGUAUAUUGAGAGAAGUAAGUGCAGUAUUUUCAAUAUGCAGACAUUUUACUUAAAAAAAAAACAAAAACCUUCAACUUUGCAGAGAGAAGUAUCAGCCAUUAUUAUUACAACCCUAAAGAGAUGGGUAGCAUAUAACAUGAGAAUUUAUAAUACCCUCAUAUAAUUUGAUUCUUGUAUGUUGAUGUUAUUUCUUCUUCCUGUACUUAUACGUAAAGUCUCAAGGGGUAAAAUGUUAGGUGUUAACAUUGGGGGCCCUAAAACUCCCCACGCCCAAGAACAUUGUGAAAAAAAACAUCACGAGAUUUGGGAUACCUGUUCUUCUGCUUGUCUUAGAGCACGGACCUACUUUGAAAUUAUGUAAAGGAAAUAUUAGUAGAAAUAAAGUUUAGUAUAAAUAAUA